UGCGUCCACCCCCAUACUGAGUCAGCGUGAGAAGUAUCCGCACAUCUACCGUAUGAUCACCUCGGCCGCCGGUUUCUCCUCGGCUCAGGUCCAGCUCUUUCGGCUGUUCGGCUGGAACAAGAUCGCCACGUUGCACCAGACCAAAGAGCCACACGUGGGGGUCAUAAACGCGUUGCAAGAUAUGGUGUCGGCUAAAAAUUACUCGAUUAUCGGCGCAGAGAGUUUCUACAAGGACCCCUACGAUGCUUUGCAACGCCUUAAGGAUAAAGAUGUUCGAAUCAUAGUUUCGAGUUUCUACGAAGAAGCUGUCUGGGAAGUGUUUUGCAGCAUUUACAAGUUGGGCAUGUAUGGGCCCAACUUCGUCUGGAUGAUACCUGGCUAUUUCUCGGACGGCUGGUGGACCAAGGAGAAGGCGGGCCUAGACUGCACACCGCAGCAACUCAAGUUAGCUAGCGAGGGGUACCUGUCUAUUGCUUACAGUAUGUACGGUAUGGGCGAAGAGGAAGGGAUAUGUGGAAAGACACCGCUGGAAUUCCGGACUGAGGUUUCUAACGAGCUCGGCUACAACAUCACGCUGACCAACCGCGGUUCGGGCGCCGUGGGCUACGACGGUAUCUGGGCCCUAGCCCUAGCCAUGGCCGACGCGCAGGCCAACCUCACCGGCCGGUUGAACUCGUACCAGUAUGGCGACGGCGAGUACGCACGGUCCAUUGGUCGGAGCAUCUACCGGCUCGGUUUCUCCGGUAUGUCGGGCCCGGUACGUUUCUCCCCCGGAGGCGACAGAAUUGGUAAACUUCUCAUCGAGCAAAACAUCAAUGGCCAGGAGGUAGUAGUUGGGACCUACAACAACAUUGCUGACCGAAUCAUCUGGGCUGUUCCGUCUGAAGACCUGUGGUACUACAGUGGAGGGAAACCCCCUUUCGAUUCGGACAUUACCAAGACGAUUGAGCUUCUUCAAGGGAGCCCUCUAUCGCUCAUUGCGGUCAUGAGCGUCCUGGCGUCGCUGGGGAUCAUAUUUGCUGUCAUGUUUCUGCUCUUCAAUAUCUGGAAGCGUAGCAACAAGCAAAUCAAGAUGUCUAGCCCCAAAGUCAACAACAUCAUUGCGUGUGGCAUCAUGCUUGCCUACCUGAGUGUGGUGCUGCUGGGCGUUGAUCGAUCAAUGGUGGAGGAGAGUGCCCUACUUGCCAUCUGUAGGGUUCGUUCCUGGAUCAUUCCAUUAGCCUUCACUCUGGCAUUUGGAGGAAUGUUCACCAAGAUGUGGAGGGUGUAUAGUAUCGUCAUUGCCAACAAGACCAAAAGAAAGGUGAUCAAGGACUACUACCUCUUUGGUAUCAUCGCCGUUCUGCUGUUGGUAGACUUGGCCAUUCUCAUUCCCUGGCAGAUCAUUGAUCCAAUACAGAUCAAGGAGAAUAGAGUACCCAUUCCUCAGACCCAAGACGAUCUGGAACGCCACGAGAAGCGCGAAGAGCUGCACGUCAUCUGCACGUCUACUAACAACACCAUAUGGACCUUGGUGCUCAUCAUCUACAAGGCGUUUGUAGUCGUCAUCGGCGCUUUUCUCGCCUGGUCCACAAGGAACAUCAAAGUGUCCGGUCUGAACGAUAGUUACUACGUGGGGUUGUCUAUCUACAACACCGUCAUCUGUUGCGUGGUAGCCGUGCCUCUAUCUGUCCUUAAUGUCUCGUCUACCGUCGUGACCUUUGCCCUGGUUUCUGGUUUUCUGCUGCUCUGUAUUACGGUAUCUCUCUGCAUGCUGUUCAUACCAAAGGUUGUGGCGGUCUACCGCAAGAACUCCGUUUCAGAUGAAACAUUCACCGGGACGAGGAUUGGGACGACGGUGGGGGCGCCCCGUCGUGAGGUACCGACAACAAGCGCUGUGGUCGAGUCUCGGACAACGGCGGAUUGCUAGCUAGCCAACCAAGUGAUACCAUUCAGGAUAUGGCUGUGCCGGAAACGAGCUACGGCUGCGGCUACUAUUGUCAGCAAGUGACCUCACAAGACGUCAAGGGACUGUGAUCGAAUAAACGCCUGACGCAGUGUAGAUUUUCUGAGAUCAUCGGUACAGGUGUAGACCGACCCAUUAAGCUCCGCCCAGUGGAGUUUUGACCAAUCACAGCCGUGACUGAAGUCCGAUAUGCGUGCACAAGCCCGACAUGCGUGCACGCGCGUAUGACGCGCAAAGCUGCAACAUGCAGUGUUGAAGAGGAUCAUAUGUUUAGUGCCCACGUGCGCAGUGGGCGGAGCAUAAUAGAUCGUUCUAUUGCCAGCGCCAUGAUAGAGUCCUGCACAGCAACGUGACAUUUAAACGUUGGUCAACCUCGUCUGACGUCACAUCGACAGCGGCCGUUAUUAAC